GUGCGAUGUUGUGGCAGCGGAGGGAGGACGAGGCCAAUUAAACAGCAUCUAACAGCGAGCAUAUGAGUGGUGUAAGGACCGCGAGGCAGGCUGUGAAUCCCUCCACCUCUCCCUGAUUCGUUUCUUUUCUCCCCGGAGUGGACGGAGGGGUCUGGGACUAUGGAGGACUACCACUACAAGCGCAGCCCUGCCUGGGAGGAACUGGAGCCGGAGAAAGGCCCGGCGUCCGCGGCGGGGAUCCAUGCCCAUGUGGUGGGGGCUGUCGCCGGUUCCGGCGCUGCGGACGAGUCCUCUGACAGCGAAGCAGAGCAGGAAGGCCCGCAGAAACUGAUCCGGAAAGUGUCCACCUCUGGUCAGAUCAGGAGCAAGACAAGUAUAAAGGAGGGAUUGUUGCUGAAACAGACCAGCUCAUUCCAGAGGUGGAAAAAACGCUAUUUCAAACUGAGAGGCAGAACUCUCUAUUACGCCAAAGAUGCCAAGUCCCUUAUCUUUGACGAGGUGGACCUGUCAGAUGCCAGCGUUGCAGAGUCCAGCACAAAGAAUGUCAACAACAGCUUCACAGUGAUCACUCCGUUCCGUAGGCUCAUCCUCUGUGCCGAGAACAGGAAAGAGAUGGAGGACUGGAUCAGUUCGCUGAAGUCCGUCCAGUCCAGAGAGCAUUACGAGACGGCACAGUUUAAUGUGGAACAUUUCUCAGGGAUGCACAACUGGUACGCCUGCUCCCAUGCACGGCCCACCUUUUGCAACGUCUGUAAAGAUAGCUUGUCUGGAGUCACGUCUCACGGCCUCUCCUGUGAAGUGUGCAAAUUCAAAGCCCAUAAACGCUGUGCUGUCAGAGCCACUAAUAACUGUAAAUGGACAACCCUGGCUUCCAUAGGGAAGGAUAUCAUUGAGGAUGAGGAUGGGAUUGCUAUGCCUCACCAGUGGUUGGAAGGCAACCUGCCUGUCAGUGCCAAGUGUGCCGUGUGUGAUAAGACAUGUGGCAGCGUACUGAGACUGCAGGACUGGCGCUGCCUGUGGUGCAAAGCUAUGGUGCACACAGCCUGUAUGGACCUGUACCCCCGCAAAUGUCCACUGGGUCAAUGCAAAGUCUCCAUUAUUCCCCCCACUGCGCUCAACAGCAUCGACUCAGAUGGUUUCUGGAAAGCCACCUGCCCCCCAUCAUGUGCCAGUCCCCUUCUGGUCUUUGUCAACUCCAAAAGUGGUGACAACCAGGGAGUGAAAUUUCUACGACGCUUCAAGCAGCUCCUCAACCCUGCUCAAGUUUUCGACCUGGUCAAUGGUGGGCCGCACCUCGGUCUGCGCUUGUUUCAGAAGUUUGACAACUUCCGGAUUCUGGUGUGUGGAGGCGAUGGGAGUGUGGGCUGGGUCCUCUCGGAGAUUGACAAACUCAAUCUUCACAAACAGUGCCAGCUUGGGGUGUUGCCCUUAGGCACGGGCAACGAUCUGGCACGCGUGCUGGGCUGGGGCCCAUCGUGCGACGAUGACACCCAGCUGCCCCAGAUACUGGAGAAGUUGGAGAGAGCCAGCACCAAGAUGCUGGACCGCUGGAGCAUCAUGACCUAUGAGAUUAAGAUCCCACCCAAACACAGCUGCCCCACCACGCCUGAGGGAGCUGACGACUGCCAGUUUCACAUUUCAGCCUAUGAAGACUCAGUAGCUGCUCACCUGACAAAGAUCCUCAACUCUGAGCAGCACUCUGUGGUCAUCUCCUCUGCCAAGAUCCUGUGCGAAACAGUGAAGGAUUUUGUUGCCAAAGUGGGGAAAGCCUAUGAAAAAAGCACAGAGAACGCUGAGGAGUGCGACACUAUGUCUCUCAAAUGUGCCAUCCUGAAUGAGAAGCUGGACUCCCUCCUCCAGACCCUGAACACAGAGUGCCAGGCUUUACCUUCACUUCCCCACUCCACUCCUCCUAUUGUAGAGGAGGAGCAGGAAGAGGAGGAGGAAGAGGAGGAGGCCAGCGUGGAGAGCCUGACAGAGCUGAAGGAGAAGCUGGAGGAGGAGGAGACGGAGAAGGGACACCAGCUGUUCAAAAGCAGGGAGCAGCUGAUGCUGAGGGCCAACAGUCUGAAGAAAGCUGUGCGGCAGAUCAUAGAACAGGCCGAGAGAGUGGUUGAUGAGCAGAACGCCCAUACAGAGGAGACCGAGCUGCCAUCUCCUCUCGAGUUCAGGAAGUACAGCGAAGAGGAGAACAGAGACAGCGAAAAGGAUGAGGAUACCAAGGAACUGGAAGCAGUGCCACCUGCUAAGAGUCCCUGUUCUCCAACGGAGAGGAGGGUGAGCCGCAGCACCCAGUCCUGUGGCUCCUUCACCAUCACCCCCUUCACCACCAGCAAGGAGAACCUCCCUGUACUCAACACACGCAUCAUCUGCCCUGGCUUGCGGGCAGGUCUGGCUGCCUCCAUCGCUGGCAGCUCCAUCAUUAGCAAGAUGCUGCUGGCUAACAUCGACCCCUUUGGUGCCACACCCUUCAUCGACCCCGACCUUGAUUCACUGGAGGGCUACAUGGAGAAGUGUGUGAUGAACAACUACUUUGGCAUCGGCCUGGAUGCCAAGAUCUCCCUAGAGUUCAACAACAAACGAGAGGAGCACCCAGAGAAAUGCAGGAGUCGUACCAAGAACAUGAUGUGGUAUGGUGUUCUGGGUACAAAGGAGCUUCUGCAGAGAACCUACAAGAACCUGGAGCAGAAGGUCCAGCUAGAGUGUGACGGCCAGUACAUCCCCCUGCCCAGCCUUCAGGGGAUCGCAGUGUUAAAUAUUCCUAGCUACGCAGGUGGGACCAACUUCUGGGGUGGCACCAAGGAGGAUGAUAUCUUCUGUGCCCCAUCAUUUGAUGAUAAGAUCCUGGAAGUUGUGGCUGUGUUUGGGAGCAUGCAGAUGGCUGUGUCCAGAGUCAUUAAACUGCAACACCACCGCAUAGCACAGUGUCGAACAGUAAAGAUUACCAUACUAGGUGAUGAGGGGGUUCCAAUUCAGGUCGACGGUGAGGCCUGGAUCCAACCGCCUGGAGUCAUCAAGAUCCAGCACAAGAACAGAGCUCAGAUGCUCACCAGAGACCGGGCAUUUGAAAACACAUUGAAGUCAUGGGAGGACAAGCUGAAGUAUGAUAAGCCUCCGUUGCGGCCUCACCUCUACCCGCAGCAGUCUGUGGAUCUGGCUACAGAGGACGAGGCUGCCCUAGUGCAGAUGUGCUCCAGAGCUGCAGAGGAGCUCAUUACAAGGAUAUGCGAGGCUGCAAAGACCAAUGGGCUUUUAGAGCAGGAGCUGGCUCAUGCUGUUAAUGCUGCAUCUCACGCCAUCAACAAAACACACCCGAAGUUCCCAGAGAGUCUCACCAGAAACACAGCUAUAGAGGUGGCCAGCACUGUCAAGGCUCUGUACAAUGAGACAGAGUCUCUUCUGUUGGGCCGAGUCUCUCUGCAACUGGACCCACCAGAGGAGGAGCAACUGUCUAAUGCUCUGCAGAGUGUGGAGUUGGAACUGGGCAAACUGGGAGAGAUCCCCUGGCUCUACCAUAUACUGCAGCCCAAUGAUGAGGAGGACCACUCUCUGGGUUACGGCAAGAGGAACAGUCGCAGCAGCAUGUUUCGCAUAGUGCCCAAGUUCAAGAAGGAAAAGGCAGCCAAGAAGACGAGCCCUCAGACAGGAUCUGGGGAUAUCGAAAGUGGGUCAUAUGAAGAGAAUUCUCCAGGGAACUAAGGACCUGGCCAAGGUCUCCAUUGUUGACCUCUAACCCAGAAGAAGACGCUACCCAAGAGCAGAAACAAACAUUCCCCUUGCAUCAGUGGAUCAGUUUGGGAGCGGUGAAGGAGAAGAUAGGUGUUCAAGGAGAGCUGGAUUUGAUCCCUCUGUUUAGAAAGCCUUUGUGAUGUUGUUAACAAGAUAUGUUUGUGUGUUUGUUGCUUUGGUGCCAAAAUGACAAAGUCAACAAAGCUGAUGGAAGUGCAAAAGAAAGUCAUGGAUCUUCACAAUAAAAGCCAUUUCUAAGUUAAUAUCCAUCAUAGCACAUAAUCAGGUAUGCAACUAACCAUGCUGUUGACAGUUGACUUGUCUGAGUUAACAAUCUAGUAGCAAAACCAGAACUUCCAUCAGUGUGGGAUUACGUUUCAGUUCAGUGAGGUUUGCUGGAUCUCUUCCUCUCAUUGCAGAGCUGGCGAUGCUUUAAAGCAGCCGUCAGGUUUGAGUAGCACAGCUGUUCAGUAGAGACUGAAAAGAUAAACUUGUAACAUCACAGUCUAGGUGGUUAUCCUGAAGGUGUGGUGUCUGAAAACUACAGGAUACUGUCGCAUGCUAUGCUUGCUCAGUUUAAGAUAUGUUUAAUUGCAUGAUUAGUGUCUUGAUUUUGUGUGUGCGUGUGUGUAUGUGGGUGUGUGGGUGUGUGUGCAAAAUAACACUUGAACAGGUUUUACAUGACUUAAGUAUUAUGAUGCCAUUUGUUACUACUGAAAGCAUCCUUUUUGGUCUAAAUCAAACUUUUUUUCUAGCUUUAAUUUAUUUUGUUUGCAUGAUAGUGAUGUGUCAAAGAUUUGUGUCAAGUGCCAUAUUUUCAGUCAUUUAAAAAUGUAAAAUGUGCUUUAUUGGUAGACAUCAUAAGAAGUUUUUAAAAAGCUGUUGAUUAGGUAUGAAUAUAUGGAAUUAAUAUCUGUAAGUUGACACAUUCUCUGUGGAUGUGAAAAUCAGUACCAAAGUGAAUGUCUAAGAAAACAUGAUCAUGUGAUGACUUUCAAUUCAAUCCGUUCAAUUUCACCUCUUAAUUUUGUAGGUCAGUAGGUCUUAGGUCUUAAACGCAUUUAAGGUGGGACACAGGAUUAGUAUUGGUCAAGAGGAAGGUAAAAUUGUUGGUUUCAAGCCAACCAUGUAUACUGUAGGGAUGUUGAGUUUUUUAAGGAAUACUUAAAAGGCACUUUUUACUUCUUGCUAUAUGCAAGUGCAAAUUCUCAUAUCAUUACAUAGAGUGAACGGUUCACCUCAACUUUUUAACUUUUGCCAAUUUAUCACAGUAUUUAAUACUAAUGAGAAUAGGAGUUAGAUAUCGGUUUUGAAAAUGUACAGUUAUAGAGCAGGUGAUCUGCAGUCUGCAUAGUGUUGCAUUGCAUAGCAGGUGCAGCUUUUUUUCUUCAAAUUACAACAGAGAUGUUGAUAGAACACUACUUUACUUGUUAGUUUCUUCUAAGACUGCUGGCAUUACAGGGUAUAUUUGAUGUGUGAUACUCAGUUUGUGUGUGUGAGCGUGUGUGUGUGGGUGUGUGAAUCCUCAUCACACCCACCCACACACACACACACGCGCAUACAUUAUACCAGUGUAUGCAAUGCAAUGCUGGAAGUGUUGUACUCUAAUGCAUUUGUAGAUUGCUGACAUGGCAUGCAUUGUGAAGAACCUACACAUUUGAUUGUGUAUAUUACACCAUAGCAAUUGUGUAUUGAUGAUUUUGUUCUAAUCUCCUGUACAUGAUAAUGCUGUUGUAUUCUAAUGAUGGUGCAAUAUUUUAUCUCUUGUUUUGAUACUGUCUCUGCAGCUUUCUGACAUGAUGCUUCUCAGCGGGGGGAAAAAACCUUGAAAGAGUUUUUUGUACAUGUACUCCUCCUCAAGGUUUGGGGAUUAGAUUUUAAAAAUUAGACCCGUAGACAGACUGCUUUUUCUUACGGACUCCAAAUUUCUUCCAGCGGUUCACUAGUUUGUAGUUUUGCUCCUCCGUGCUUCCAAGAUGAUUCAGUAAAGUAGGACUGUGUCAAUGAAUGAGUAGAAUGGGCAGACAUGACUGUGUUAAUAUGUAAUAUGUAUCACAAUGGGUUUAUGUGCAUUUGGGUGUGUCUACUCCAACAGUGGCAUAUUGAACCUUAUAAAGAAUUUUAUACUUGUCAUUGCCAACUAAUUUUACCAUGUAAUUUUAACUCUGAUCAUUUGGUUUUCCCCCUUUGGAGAAUAAUUUGUUGCUUGUAUUUUGGUUAUAAUUCUUCCUUUUUCCCUCGCAGAGUAUUAUACCUUCUGUUAAGAAUUAGUUUAAAAACCUACUUUUUUAUUUUACUGAACAUUGAAUGCUAAAAUGUAACAAGGCACGCAAGUUAUUAUACAUCAAAGUAUCCUAAGUAACAAUAGCAUGUGAGUGAAUCAGGGGCUGAAUUAACAGUAGUCAUGCGUUGUUUCUAACAUCCCAACAGAGGGGGUUCUGUUACAUCUCAUAUAUCUACGGUCCAUGCCUCUCGUUGUCUAAGAGUAGGCUACAAUGUUAUCAUUGCUUAUGUCGACAACCAGUUAUGUCAGACUACUUUGUUCAGUAUACUGUAGUGUUGCUCAUUGACAUGCAGAAAUCAAUAAGCCUAUAAAUCAAAUUCCAAUCCAUGAUAAGUAUUUUUUUCAUGUUCAUCAAUUGUUGAUCCUGCAACUCAUAGCCAAAGAUAGGUAUUAGUUACUAUAAACCACAAAUUUACAUACAUCAGAAGUUCCUCUGCCUGACCGAAGAUCAUUUAGUCUGAUGGACAGAACUCUGCCUUUCAUUCAUUUAAUAGAUUAGAUUCAUUGUGAACUAUUUGAUGACAGCUGGCCUUUUGCUAGCCAGACUCUAGGGUGGUGGAUAUAGUGUUCACUUAAUCUCAAGUGUUUUGGCCCCAGACUCCAGGCAAAAGAAUGCUUGACUUUUCCAUACGAAGUGGGAGUAGCCACCUUUCUCCCUUGCUGUUUUCAAGUGGUCUGUAAAUAAUGCUGCAAACUGCCUGGUUUUCAAAAACCAACGAAACCCAUGCAAGGAUCUCAGAAAGACAGGAUAACAUAUGGUCUUUCACAUGGUUCCUAAAGUGAUGGGAGAAAAGUGAGUUUCAUUUGUUUACAUUAUGUUUACAAUAGCACAGUUUUAAUUUUUAAGAAUAUAUAUGUAGGUAUAAACAAUAUUUGCAUAUUUAUUGCCUAAGGUUAAAUGAUAUAAUGUGUAUUGUGUUUUCACAUUUGGAAUAUAAUGUUACAGUUGUCACCUGUAUUACUAUCUGGAUGAUUUUGGUAAAGUAGUUAAUAAUUUUUAUGACUACUAAGUGACUGUUUUCUGUGCCUUUUUAUUGUUAGAAUGCAUGGUUAACUAUUUAUUACAAUUUGGAGUCACUGAGAUGUGUAUUUUUGUAUUCUGAAUAAAUAAAUGGUUCAGCUUUUGUUGUACAUUUUUAAGGUGCCUUAAAAUAGGCUACCUGUUCAUAUCUUUCUUCUUCAAUAAAACCAAAUACAUAUGCA